AGAAACGUUACGGCCGGCUGCUCAUUCACACGCGCCCGAUCAAUAAUGUGUAGCGCGAUGCACGCUCAUUUGCGUGGACCUCCGCGUCCGUCGGUCGAUGUCGUCCCAGGCAUCGUGGAAGGAUCACGACGGGGCCUCUUCAGCCUUCGGUACACGGCAUCCUCGAUAUAGUCCGGGUUGCUAUAUACACAACACCCAACCUCCCAGUCCCUCGCUCCCUCUACUGCCCUCUCUCUCCUCUACUGUUGCUUCUGACCAGCUCUCUACUCCCAUUGACAGCACAGCACAGCACAAACAUGGCCUCCAUCUUCUCCCGAUCCUCGCGAGCUCUGCCCUACGCCGCUGGAGCAGCAGUCUUGGGUGCGGCGGGCACAGCAUACUACACCACACGACGGCUGAUACUACUCGACUCGUCCAGCAGCCCUCCCUCCUCGACGCUCGCCUUCCCCAAGACGAUGCUCUUCAGCCAAACCUUGACCGUCGCCCGCUCCGAACAGAUCAACCACGACACGAAACGCAUCACCUUCAAGCUGCCAGGCGGAAAGAAUGAAGUGAGCGGCGUUCCAGCGGGUGCUGCUGUUCUGACGCAACACACGCCCGCGGGAGCCUGGUUUCCCGUUCUACGGCCAUAUACUCCAGUGUCCGAAUCCGAAACACGAGGCGAAGUGCAAUUCAUAGUAAAACGAUACCCGAAUGGCCGCGCUUCUACACAUAUGCACUCCCUCGCUCCGGGAGAAACAUUACAGAUACGAGGGCCGAUUCCAGGAUAUAGCUAUACACCAUCCGACAAGCCUCGAGACUUAAUUUUUGUGGCAGGAGGAGCAGGCAUCACACCAAUUUACAGUCUCGCUCAGGGCAUCCUCGGAGACGCCAACGAUAGAACGCGCAUCCAGCUUUUGUGGGGCGUCAAUGGCACGCGUGACAUUGUGCUCAAGGAUGAGCUGGAACAACUAGAGAAACAAUACCCUGACAGACUGAAGGUGACAUACUGCGUAUCUGGACCAGAGGGCAAACCAGACUCUCCCAGCUUAGGUGAUGAGAAGAAGUACAAGAAGGGAUACGUGAACAAAAGUGCGCUGGAAGAAGCACUCGCGAGGACAGAGAACUUGGGUGACGUGAAGGGCACCAAGGUCUUCUUGUGUGGACCACCAACAAUGGAAACCGCCUUGACUGCAAAGGGUGGCGUGCUGGCCGUGUUGGGCAUGGAGAAGAAGAACAUCCAUCGCUUCUAG